UUCCCAGGACCCAAAGGGGAUGGUGAGUAAUUGGUGGCAAAGGCAGGGACUCAGACUUAUUUUCUGAUUUUCUGUGUCUGCAGCCUCUGGAGCCCUGAAGGAGAAGUUUGGUGUCCUUGGUGGAUCUGUGACCUUUCCUGUGGAAGCUUCAAUACAGAACAUUGACAGUAUUGUCUGGCUCUUCAAUUCAAACCCACUUGCCAUCAUAAAGCCGGGUGUGGAAGACAAAAAAGCCACUAUCCUUAUGACCCGAAGUCAGAACAAGGAAAGGAUGAUCUUCUCAGACAGUGACUAUUCUCUGACACUCCUCCAGCUGAAGAAGAAUGACUCAGGGGUCUACCGUGUGCAGAUGAACCUCUUAUCCUCUCAGCCAUCCUUCACCCAGGAAUAUGGGCUACAAGUCUACGAGUGCCUGUCAAAGCCUAAAGUCACCAUGGGUCUGCAGAACAAUGAGAAUGGCACCUGCAUAACUAAUCUGACAUGUUCCAUGGAACAGGGAGGAGAGAAUGUGACAUACAGCUGGAAUGUCCUGGGGCAGAGAAGCAACAAGUCUUAUGAUGGCUCCAUCCUUCCCAUAUCCUGGAGACUGGGAGAAAUGGACAUGGUCUUCAUCUGCACGGCCAGGAACCCCAUCAGCAGUAAUUCCUCAAGUCCCAUCCUUGCCUGGAAGCUCUGUAGAGAUGCUGAUGGUGGUGGUUCCAAUUUCCUCCUCACCUUGCUGUGUCUUCUGUUGGUGGUCUUCACACUCUGCACCCUUGUGUUGAUGUUCCAUUUGACUAUGCGGAUGAAGAGAAGAAAAGAGCCCAUGGAGGGGGAAAAAAGAAUGGACGUUCAUCAGGAAAUUCCCAAUGUCUGCCCCCAUUCUGAAGAGAAAACAGUGUAUGAGACAAUUUGCGAUGCCCAUAAAAUUAAUCCAGCAGAAGAUCCACUAAAUACACUUUAUUCCACUGUGCAGAUACCAAAAAUGGUGGAGAAUCCCUGCUCACCGACCAUCACGCCAGACACACCCAGGCUGUUUACCUAUGAGAAUGUCAUUUAGACAUCAGCAUGCUCCCUCAAACCACACUCCAGAGGAAGUACAAAGAAAUUCAUCUUCUUGUCCAGAAUACCUGGAAGAAACCAUUCCUAAGCAUACACCUUUGAGUUUAGGAGUUCAUAAUUCUACCAACUACUGAGAACUCUCUUUAAACCUAGAAUCUAUAUCACUUCCCAUAUGGAAUGUGACUGUGAAUUUAUCAGUCAAUCUCAAGAAAAGGCUAAAUAUCUCUACUAACAUGUAAAUGCCUAUCAAUAUCUGCCUCGGUCAUAUUAAUGAUGGCCCCAGGACAGGGCUUGGAGUCUCAUUCCAGACAGAACAUACCAAGAGUCUGGUUGCCAGGACGGCAAGAAGACCAGGCCAGACAGGUGUGUCUGGCACCAGCAGGUAUAGCUGCCAAAAAUGAAUGAAUGAAUCAUUCACUAUGUAUGGGGCACUGUUGAACUUAAUUGGGCAGAUGAACCAUGAACUCAUGCUCUCAUGAACCUGAUCACUUAUAAACUACUUUUAUGGCCAGUUAUGUGAGGCUUAAAUUCCUGUGUAUAAGUUCUGAAUACACAAACAAGGACACAGAAUUGUGCACCCCACCAUGGCCUGGCUUAAUUUGUACUCCUAAGCUGCAAAUAAAAGCCUAGGCCUUGUUAAGGUCUAUACAGGAGCCUAUCUCGAUGCAAAAACUCUACAGGCACAUUUUGGAUCUAGUAUGACACCUAGAGUUGGGAUGUGGGGCCUGGUGAAUGAAUUACUUGUAAACUUUCAAAAUGUGUUUCAAUAUUUAUUAAUAAGCUCUGCUAGGUCACUUUCACAAAUAAGUCAGACACAAUCUCUACCCCUAUAGAACUCACCUUCUCUUUAGUGAAAUGGUAAAGACUUGGGGAGGGUGAAAAGUAAGACUGCACUUGAUGUGUUCCUGAUACGUGUUUUGAAUGGAGAUACCAGGAAGGGAACUGGGGCCCCAGGGCUGGGGUAUGAAAUAAGGUGGACACAUUGUGCAUUUAAAUUUGUGAAAAGAGAAAACAUCUGGGAGGGAAAACAUUUGAAUAUAAAAUGGCCAAGUUAAGAGAAAAUAAACUUGCAAGUAAAAAACAAAGAGAAUGAACUCAGGCUGAUGUGAGAGGAAGUAAAAGUUAAAAAUAGGAGUAGGUGUGGAAACUAACCCAUCACCACCAUGAGGGACUUGGCUAGGCCCACCCAGAGCUGGGCAGGUGUGGAUUGCCCGAACCAUAGCAUGAUAAAUGCUGUAUUUAUUGCUACAAUUUUCUGGGGGAAUGGUGGGGAGUGUUCCUUUUAAUAAAAUCAUGCU